AUGGAUGAUAUUCGCAACAUUGCCCGUCCCACCGACGUCCCCGACUACGGCCUGCUGAACGACCUGCUGUGGUCUGAUCCGGCCGACAUGGAACAAGACUGGGAAGCCAACGAAAGAGGCGUGAGCUACUGCUUCGGCAAGCGAGUGAUACUGGAUUUCCUUGCGACGCACGAUUUCGACUUGAUCUGCCGCGCACACAUGGUGGUUGAGGACGGGUACGAGUUCUUCAAUGAUAGGGUCCUUGUAACAGUUUUCAGUGCCCCCAACUACUGCGGCGAGUUUGACAACUGGGGCGCCGUCAUGUCCGUCUCCAACGAGUUGCUUUGCAGCUUCGAGCUGCUUAAGCCGCUAGACUCUAGUGCGCUGAAGAGCCACAUCAAGAAGGGCAGGAACAAGAGGCAGAGCAUGCUCAACAGUCCGCCUGCACACGUCGAGCCACGAAGCGUUUGA